UUAAACGUUUAACGCUCAUUGAAAUUUAUUGACAGUUUCACAAAAUGAAUUCUUGCGAAGAAAAUGAAUCCAAUGAGGAAAUAGCCGACGAGCAAGCAGUUGAUUUAAAAAAUCAAGAUCCAUAUCUUAGACAUUCACCUGGUGAUGUUGAAAUUCCAAAUCGGAUUUUUGUAAAAGGUUUCUCUAAAGAAACUACUGAAGAUGAUCUAAUCAACUUUUUUGAAAUAUAUGGAAUUGUAAUAGAAGCCAAUAUAAUACGGGAUAAACAAGGUCUUAGUAAAGGAUACGGAUUUGUAACAUUUGAUAGUCAAACAAUAGCUGAAUCUGUAAAAUUAGAAGGCACAGUACCAUUUAAGGAUCGAGAAGUUGUGAUAGGGCACGCAAAAAUUAGACCAAUAAAAUUUAAAAAUUUGGAACAGUAUAAUUCUGGUUGCUGGUAUGUUCAACAACAACAACCGGCUUAUUAUUCUCCCGACGGUGUAAACUUUUAUUUAGUUCAACAACAACAAGCACCGCCACAAUAUCAGCAGCCAGUGAGUUUUGUGACUUCACCUUCGCAACCCCUUUAUCCGGCAGAGCAAUAUUAUACUCAACAAUAUUCACCACCAGUUCCUUAUCCGUCAACAGCAUGGUAUACGCAGCAGGUUCCUAUCCAACCAACAACAGCUGCACCAAGUUCUGCAACUGCUCAAAUAAUACAAAAUGUUACUCCUCAGCAGGUGUUUACUCAACCAAUCUAUACUUCAAAUACUUUACAUACUGUACCACAAUUUACCACAUUUGCAUUACCCCAAGGUUAUUGUAAAGGAGUGAACACUUUGACUCAAAGCAUGAACAAUAUGGCCAUUAAUGAGCAGCUAAUAAGACGUAAGGAGGAAGGAGGAUAUGAGUAUCACUCAGUUAUUCAGACAUCUCCGCAAUCCCCUGCACAUGUUGUUCCUGUGGCUUAUGAAAGCAAAAUAAUGCAUAAAGAUGAUGAUCAUAUAAACGAGGGCAUGCCUACAAAUUUAGUAUAUUUGCAAGAGCCAACAAAAAUGAAAACUGUUCAUGUUGUAAAACGGGAUAUAUCGCAUGGCAUUUACUAAAAUAUGUGAAUAUAAAAAUAUAAAAUUUAAAAAUGGAGGUAUCUAUAAAAGAAUUAGUAAACACCGCAGUUUCUGGUCCAAGAAAUCAUCAACUCUUUGUAAUUCAAACGUUUCAUAAUUUUUGUUACUUUAAAUGAAAACUUUUAUGGUUUUCUCCGCUUUUUGAUCAAAGUAAAAUAACAUGCAUAUAUACUUUCGUAUAAAAUCAAUGUAUUCAGAAUUAAUGUUUUUAAA